CGCUGAGAGCGAACAGAGAGCUGGUUUGGUUAUUCAUUGUAGCGAUCCGGGAUACGUACGCCGCUGCUGGAAAUGUCUCAGACGGUAAAGGAGCCUGGCAGUUACCGUUGUACGAGGAAAAAAGCUUCGUGGAUGAAAGUUUCUAAAGACUAAAAAGUUAUUGGAUACGCAUUGCGAUGACCAGGAGUAGCCGAUAACUUGUUUUCAACGGAUUGGACGGGAAUGUUGCUCGGCUUUUCACAAGUUUACACAGCUAACGCUACGCCGACGUUUGCUAACGUUAGCGCAACAGCGUUAGCCUAGCAUCGUUAGCCUAGCCUGCUAAGUAAAUAUUACGACUGCCUUUCGGAGUUUCCUGCAUCCACGUUAUCACCACAAUCUAUGGUGUUGAUUUUAUACCAUCGUGUUAUGUAAUAGCAAGUAAUAAUAGUUAGGUUCGCCCCUACAAGAUGGGUGGCUUCUGUUACGUUACACACAAAGCUAAGUGGCUAUAGUUAGCCUGUAUGCUAGCUGACAUUAGCUAACGCUGCCGAGCGAGCCAGCAACUUCGGCAGAAGAGUUUCGGUGAGCUAACCACGACAGUAUUGUCGUCCACAGUCAACCUCUGUUGCUAAACGCAGCCAUCCUGCAGUCAUGUUUGAAAUGGAGACCCAUAUAUCGUGCCUUUUCCCGGAGAUCCUGGCCAUUAUUUUCAGUUAUCUGGACGUUAAAGACAAAGGGAGAGUAGCUCAAGUGUGCGCGGCCUGGAGGGACGCGUCGUACCACAAGUCGGUGUGGAGGGGGGUGGAAGCCAAGCUCCAUCUGCGGAGAGCUAACCCGUCUCUGUUCCCCAGCCUGCAGACUAGGGGGAUCAAAAAAGUUCAAAUUCUCAGCUUAAGGCGAAGUCUGAGCUACGUGAUUCAAGGGAUGCCGCACAUUGAAAGCCUUAACCUGUGUGGGUGUUUUAACCUCACAGACAACGGACUCGGACAUGCCUUUGUGCAGGACAUCCCAUCCCUGCGGGUGCUGAACCUCAGCCUUUGUAAACAGAUCACUGACUCCAGCCUGGGUAGGAUUGCCCAGUACCUCAAAAACCUGGAGGUGCUUGAACUCGGGGGAUGCAGCAAUAUCACAAACACCGGCCUGUUGCUCAUUGCCUGGGGCUUGCACAGACUCAAGAGCCUUAACCUGCGCAGCUGCAGGCAUGUGUCCGACGUGGGCAUCGGUCACCUGUCUGGCAUGACCCGCAGCGCUGCAGAGGGCUGCCUGUCCCUGGAGAAGUUAACCUUGCAAGACUGCCAGAAGCUGACUGACCUUUCUCUCAAACAUGUUUCAAAGGGUCUGAACAAACUCAAAGUGCUCAACCUCAGCUUCUGCGGAGGGAUAUCAGAUGCAGGGAUGAUCCACCUGUCACACAUGACCCAUCUAUGCAGCUUGAACCUGCGGUCAUGUGAUAAUAUCAGUGACACAGGUAUAAUGCAUCUGGCCAUGGGCUCCCUCCGGCUCUCUGGACUUGAUGUCUCCUUUUGUGACAAGAUCGGAGACCAGAGCAUGGCUUACAUCGCCCAGGGCUUGUAUCAGCUCAAAUCCCUCUCUCUUUGCUCCUGCCACAUCAGUGAUGAUGGCAUUAACAGGAUGGUACGCCAGAUGCAUGAACUCAAGACUCUCAACAUUGGACAGUGUGUGAGGAUCACAGACAAAGGGUUGGAGUUGAUAGCUGACCACCUCACCCAGCUGACAGGGAUUGAUCUGUAUGGGUGUACAAAGAUCACCAAGAGGGGUCUGGAGAGGAUAACACAACUCCCGUGCCUUAAAGUGUUAAACUUGGGACUGUGGCAGAUGACUGAGAGUGAGAGAGUGAGGUGAAAUCUCUCAUUCAGUAUACAUGUGUUUCGUUGUGUAUAGUGCGCAGUUAUGUACUGAGAGGGACUGCCUGUAUUCAUUCUUAAUUUUUUAACUUCAAUACUGUGAGUAAAAACAAGGAGAGGGGCUCUGCAUUGAUCACUGGAAUAUUGUUCACCUUCCUGCAAUACUCCGCUCUUAGUUUCAGUCUGGCACUCUCUUCUAAUGUGCAUUGUUUAAUCUCAGCCUGUGUACAGUUCCUAAUAUCUAGCUACCUCACCCAUCAAACACAGGAGUGCCUACUAUUGCUGAAUAAUAGAUUACAUUGCGUAUUUUUGUGACUCACCUUCCAAUGGAGAUUUAAAUAUUUUAAAAAAUCUCAUUGCAGAAAAAUAGCUAGGCAUUUUAACUCUUAACAGAAAGGCAAAUUUUGAUAGAAUUGUUUUUUUGGCUGAUGUAUUUUUUACUUGUGUAACCAAUAUUUUUUCUAUUGAGUGACUCUUGACAACAUUGUACUUCAAAUUGAAGUGGAUGGAUCACUCCCUGUCUCUUUGUUUACCUGUGUAUAGUUGGCUAUGUUUCAUAUUCCUGAGGAAAUAAGUAUGUACCAGAUGUUCCAGUAUGCGACUGUCAAAGGUUCAUCAACAUAACUACAGUAAGGCGUAGUAAGUAACAGCUGCCAAGGCUAUAUGCAAUACCUUAAAACUGUUUUAUCAGUGGUUUUCUCCUGAGGAGCUUCCAACGAUAGUGUCAGAGUAUUUGUUUAAAAAAAGCAGUAAUUUAAGAUUGUUUUAUAUUCAUACAGUAGUGAUAUUUAUGAAUAAAGAUGGCAAAUAUGUUUCA